GGGGCCGGCCGCCUGUCAGAGGGAGGUGGCGAUGGUGAUCCCGGUGGCGGCGGCGGCGGCUGCUUCCUCGGUCGGGUUGCAGUGGGGAGAAGAUGACUGACCAACCGACUGGCUGAAUGAAUGAAUGGCGGAGCCGAGCGCGCCAUGAGGAGCCUGCCGAGCCUGGGCGGCCUCGCCCUGUUGUACUGCGCCGCCGCCGCCGCUGCCUCAGCCGUCUCGGCGGAGAAUGUCACCGGUGGCGGCGGGGCCGCGGGGCAGGUGGACGCGUCGCCGGGCCCGGGGCUGCGGGGCGAACCCAGCUAUACUUUCCCUAAGGCGACGGCUCCCACGGCCCAGGCCCGGAGGACUGGACCCCCGCGCGCUACCGCCCGCCGACCCCUGGCUGCGAGCUCUUCAACCCAGUCUCUGGAGACCACCCCUCUUCGGGAGACAGCCGGACCUGCUUCGACCACCCUUCAGGCGCCGCUCGGCCCCUCGCCGACCACCCCUCCCGCGGGGGAACGCACUUCGGCCACCCCUCCGGCGCCGACCAGACCUGCGCCGACCACCCUUUCGACGACCACUGGCCCGGCGCCGACCACCCCUGUAGCCAGCACUGUUCCGGCACCCACCACUCCCCGGACCCCGACCCCCGUUCUUCCCAGCAGCAGCAGCGUCCUGCCCACCCCACCUGCCACCAAGGCCCCCUCUCCGCCUCCCCCAGAGUAUAUAUGUAACUGCUCUGCAGUUGGAAGCCUGGAUGUGAAUCGCUGCAACCAGACCACAGGGCAGUGUGAGUGUCAGCCAGGUUAUCAGGGGCUUCUCUGUGAAACCUGCAAGGAGGGCUUUUACCUGAAUCACACUUCUGGUCUCUGUCUGCCAUGUGACUGUAGUCCACAUGGAGCCCUCAGCAUCCUGUGCAACAGUUCUGGAAAAUGCCAGUGCAAAGUGGGUGUCAUUGGCUCUUCAUGUGACCAAUGCCAAGAUGGAUAUUUUGGCUUUAGCGAGAAUGGCUGCUUUCCCUGCCAGUGCAAUAAUCGGUCCACCAGUUGUGAUGCCCUCACAGGUGCUUGUUUAAACUGCCAGGAAAAUAGCAAAGGAAAUCACUGUGAGAAAUGUAAAGAAGGAUUUUAUCAGAGUCCUGAUGCCACUAAAGACUGUCUUCGCUGUCCUUGUUCAGCAGUGACUUCUACAGGCAGUUGCAGCAUAAAAUCGGAUAAAUUGGAACCUGAAUGUGACCAGUGUAAAGAUGGUUACAUAGGCCAGAACUGCAAUACAUGUCAAAAUGGCUAUUACAAUUUUGACAGCAUCUGUAGAAAGUGCCAAUGUCAUGGCCACGUGGACCCAGAUAAAACUCCAAAGAUUUGCAAGCCCGAGAGUGGUGAAUGCAUCAACUGCCUCCAUAACACCACUGGGUUUUCGUGUGAAAACUGCCUAGAAGGUUAUGUUCAAGACCUCGAGGGAAAUUGCAUCAAGAAAGAAGUUAUUGUUCCAACACCCGAAGGUUCUACCAUUUUGGUUUCCAAUGCCUCUUUGACCACAUCAAUGCCCAUCCCUAUUAUAAAUAGUACAUUUUCCCCCACAACCCUGCAGACUAUCUUAAGCACUUCUGAAAACAGCACUUCAGCUUUAGCUGAUGUAUCAUGGACCCAGUUUAACAUCAUCAUUUUGACAGUCAUCAUCAUUGUGGUGGUGCUGCUAAUGGGAUUUGUAGGGGCUGUAUAUAUGUACCGUGAGUAUCAAAACCGGAAACUCAAUGCCCCCUUUUGGACCAUCGAGCUGAAAGAAGACAAUAUCAGUUUCAGCAGCUACCAUGACAGCAUUCCCAAUGCAGAUGUGUCGGGAUUGUUGGAAGAUGAUGGCAAUGAAGUGGCUCCCAAUGGGCAACUGACCCUGACAACACCCAUACAUAACUACAAAGCCUAAGGAGCUGGAACUAUUCUCCUGGAUUGUUAAACCACAGUGCUUACUAAGACAGCACCAGCUCCUGGGCCAGACAAAACCUGGGUAGAGUUUGCUGAGACAACAAAGGCAAAUAGUGCACCAGAAAUUUUCAGGUACAAAUUUGUAACGCGCUUAGCCUAUCUAUUGCUCUUAGUUUUCCCAUGAAGAUCUGAAGCAUUCAUUGUCGUUAAGGACUUGAAGUAAAGUAUAUUUUUGUACCAAACCACAUAGGAAUAAGGAAAGGCUGAACCCCAUAGUGCAGCCCAAAUCCACUUUGACCUCCAGAUAGACUCCUGGGGAAGUGUUCACCAAACCAAUGGUAACAACAUGAUGGAGGGAAAGGACUGCUGGAAGACUUCAUCUCCAUUCCUGAAAUACCUUUUUUUAAAAGGAGGGUCAGGAAUUGUAUACAUUUUACUGUACUAAAAGACAUCAUUGAGGAAAAGCUGGGGUCUAGGCUGUAUUACAAUAAGCAGUCUUGAUUGUUUGUAGAAUAGGGGUAGAAAAGUCCCAGGAAGAUCUUCAGAGGGGCUUGAUUUUUCCUCCCAGGAUUCUUGCUCAGUGAUGAGAUUAAAGCACAGGAUAAGCUUCUAAUGGUAGAGGAAGGCAGCACUGGGAGCAGGAAGCUGAUGGUCCUCCUCAGGGUCUCAGUGUAAAUGAUAAAUUGUCUAAAAAGAAAGAAUAUUCCUGCCUCUGGAGAAAUAAGGUGUACAUAGUUAAUGUAGCAUAUCUGGUCAACAUUGUAUCUAUUUGUAAAAAAAAUCAUGUCAUAUUUUAUCAUCUGGAAUUUAUUUGUACAGCAGUUAAUGGAGUUGUAAAAAGAAAAUAUGGGGGUUGAUUAAAAUACUGUAAAAUAGUUGGCAAUAUUGCUAGAGCUGGGACUCUGGUGAGCAUCAGUCAUUUUUAGUCCCUCUUUGGACACUGUUAAAAUUUAUAAGAGGUUGAAUGUUUGUAAUCUUUCUUUCCUUUCUCAAUCUAAAAGUAGAGUUAUAUGCUCUUUGACUUACCAUAGAUUGAAGCAAUAGAUUUUGAAGUCAAUAAUUGUUAAGCUGGGACACAGGCUGAAUUCUCCACAAUACUCAUCUAAUUAGACACUAUCCAUGCUAUAUAGAUUUACAUUAGUAUAAAACAUACCCUCAUUAAAAUUUUUUUUUUCCUGAAUGUAAAAGAUAGUCUUCCAAAGGAUAGGAAUAUUUUAGUUCCAAAAGAAAAGCCAUCCUCAUUCACUUGGAAUCUCUAGUUUUUGUGCCUGUGAAAUAUUGAUAUCCCUCCAUAAAAAAAAACCUACAUUUGAACAUAACCUGUCAUUCACUGCCGUGAGGUAUGUGCCAUCUCCCUGCAGUGCUAUAGUUCUCCCAUCUCCUUGUCUAGUUAGAGGUUAGCUCUGUUGUUGGGUGUGUUUAGUUAGUCCUUGCUUUUAGAUGCAGUUUUUUUCCUAGAGGCCAACUACUGUUGCUCUCAUUUAUUAUCAUAUUAACAGACUGUGGAUUAAACAAGCCAGAAAAAGUGGUCAGAAGUCAAAUAUAGAUACUUAUUAGGAGGAACAGCAAACUGUGAAGUGGUUAGAAAAAAGCGAAGACUUCCUAUUAGAUUAGAUUUAGGAAAUCCAAUUUGACCCCUUUGCCUAACUUCCCUAGAGAAAAACCUAGAAUUUGGUCUUCCCUUUACAGGAGACCCCUAAGUUGUUCUCAGGGUUUGGAGAUGAUGUUCUCAAGGAUGUACAGGCAAAUAAUCUAUUUCUGGUAACCUGAGGGUGCUCUGUUUAUUUGGCCAUUGCUCUUAAGAGUAGAGGUUACAUUACAUUAUAUUAAAAUUAUUUAAUAUUUCUUUAACCUUGUGUAGUUUGCAAAGCACUUUUUCAAAUGUAUGUCCUUUGAUAGCCCCCUGAGGAAGUAAUUGUUCUCCGCUUUUUAUAGAUGAGGAAACUGAGGCAGAGGGGCUAAUUGUCUUGUUCAAGGCUACACAAUGUAUGUCCUUAUUAGGCUUGGAAUCAGGAUGUCUAACUCUAAAGCACAUGUUCUUUCGACUAUAUACUAAUGCAGAAAUUGCCUAGCCAUGGACACAAGAAGGCUGGGAGGAAGAGUCCCACUGUGGAUGUUCCUAAUUUUUUUAAGUACCAGGUGCAGUCCGGGGCCAUACGCUAUGAAGGACUUAGUGGAAAGAACACAGGAAGAUUGCCAUCUGAAGCCAGUAUUAGUGAUAAGCAAACAAAACUGCCAGUCUGUGCGUCAUUAAAGUGAACUAAUCUCUCCAAGCAGGAAAGGAAAACUGGCUUUCCCCAGCAGUUGCUGCAUAUGUGGGUACAGACCGUGCACAAUUCUAAGGAACUGGGCAAAGUGGCAUACCUGCCUUCCUCCCACAUACCCCUCCCCUCAGGAAAAAGAAAAGGCCAGGAUUGAGGAUAGUGAGAAAUAAACAUUUGUUAAACAGAAGUUAACCCAAUAGAAGAAGGAAUGUCUGUUGGAGCUUAAGAGCCAAAGCCAAAUAGUGAGGAUUCUGGCCAUGGAGGAACUCCUUAAAAUAGACCUUAAAAGGUAUUGCAAAAAUUGAAUCACAAAAAAUAUUUACCUGUAAAUACUUUUUAACAGCUCCUAGGUCAUGUUCUUAAUUUUUCCUAAUGAAAAAAAGUCUUAAAAUUUGUUUUAAAUAAUAUCCUUUAGUGUCACCAGCUUUUUGCUGGUGGAAAUAAUUUUGCUUUAAAAUAUAAAUCAAUCAUGAAGUGAUCUACCACUGAAAUCAGACUAGAAAACUAGCAUGGAAUGUGCUGCACAAUAUUCAUUCCUGCAAAGGCGUGACUGCCAGGCACUGUGGCAUCCAGCAGCAGGGAUAUUGGAAGAACUUUUGUCUAAAGAUUAGAAAUGUGUUAUUUUUAAAGAAGAUAAGACUGAUGUGAAUCUUAUUGAAUAAUGACAGAUACUGCUAUUAGGUGAUGCUUUUAUCUUCAUUAAUUCAUUUUAGUAAGCCCUUAUGCAUUUCUUAUAGUUAGCUGCCCCGAGGUAGUGUUAAGUAUGUCUUUGUCCGCCCUUACUUCCUCCACCUCCCUUCCUCUACCCUCUAUUUCUUGGGACUCUCUUAUUAAUGGAAUUUCUCUGGUUAUAGAGAAAAAAUGAUAAUAAAAAACUAAACCUCAUUUAUACUAAGGUCCUAUGGACCUAAAGCAUUAUUCUUCCCAGGGAUACCUAGAUUUUAUGAGAGGAGAACAGAAAAUAGACGUGGGAUGGGAGGAGAGAGAAUAUUUUGGACAAGAUUUGUAUAAGCCUCAAAUUAUAUUGCAAUUCUCCAGCCCCGUUAUUCCUAGGAAAAUUGACCAUUAAAGCAAUACUCACUGACCUACUAGUUCUCAUUUUGGUCAGCUGAGUGCCUUUAGGAUAUUUAGUCCUUGUGCUCUUUUGGAAGCAGCCAAAGCAACAGUAUUUCCUCUUGACAGCUUCAAUUGGAACUGAGUUAUUAGAUCAUUCACCUUAGUCCUGUAUUUUUUGAAGGACACCUGAUGAACAUAACACCACUUAUAAUGAACAUCCUUCAUACUUAUACUGUAGGGUAUGUGAAUAGGAGGUGAAUUUCCACAUAUCAAGGAAAGCUCCCGCAAAGAGUUCAAAAAAGUGAAAAAACAAACAAACAAACAAACAAACAAAACAACCCCAUGUAAUCUGUUAGAGCAAGGAAAGCAUUUUUGGCCUCAUCCAUGAAGAACCUUUGAUCUGUUGUGAUCUUCUUGAUAGUAAGGAGUUUGCAGCUAAAAUGAGUUUGAUGUGUACGGGGACGGGGGAGUAAAGGAAGAUUAAUGAAGUUUUCUCUUUAACCCUGAGCCAGAGACUAUAUGCCAAGGGGAAAAGCAGGAAGUAUGCACUGAUCCAUCUGAAGAAGUCAAAUAAUAUCAAAUGGACUAAAUGUUAUGGAUCAUUAAAAUGUCAGUGGUUGAAUGAUGCUUUUUCAAAGGCAAUCGGAAAUCUUUCUUGUUACUUAAGCAUACGCAAUAGCUGCAGCAGCAGCCCUAGAAUGUGAGCCCAGGGCUUCAGAUCUAAGUUAGUCCAAAAGCUAAAUGAUUUAAAGUCAAAUGUAAAUGUUAGGAACAAGCACUCUGUAAUACAUUAAAUCAGCCCAAGCAAUUAGGAAAUGUUUCUGAAACAUUAAACCUGUAUUUAUAUCACUAAAAUUCUAACAUAAAUUUUAAAAAUGUGUCUCAUACAUAUGCUGUACUAGGCUUCAUAAUACAUUUCUAAAUUUGUGUAUGAUUUGAAUAUAUGAAAGAAUUUAUACAAGAGUGUUAUUUAAAAUUAUUAAAAAAUAAAUGUAUAUAAUUUGUACCU